CGGCGGUGCUUUCGGUGGGAGCCGUCCGGCAUGGGGUCGCGGGGGGAGCGUCGCCCGUCCUGCGGGGCGGCCGGGAACCUGGCGGAGCUGGCGGAGCUGGACGAGGAGGCGCUGCUGGGCGGGCUGCGGGAGCGGUUCCUGAGGCAGCAGGUCUACACCGACGUCGGGGACAUCCUCAUCGCCAUGAACCCCUUCCAGCCCCUGCCGCUGUGCGGGAGAGAGGUCUCCGAGCGGUACCGGCGCCAGGAGACAGGCAUGCUGCCGCCCCACAUCUUUGCCGUGGCCAGCCGGGCCUACUACGGCAUGCUGGGCCGUCGGGGCAACAGGCCCCAGAACCAGUGCAUUGUCAUCAGUGGAGAGAGCGGUGCAGGGAAAACAGAGAGUACGAAGCUAUUGUUGCAGCACAUAAUGAACCUAUGCAAAGGCAACUCACAGCUGGAGCGGCAGAUCCUUCAGGUAAAUCCGUUGCUUGAAGCUUUUGGCAAUGCCCAGACUGCGAUAAAUGACAACAGCAGCCGCUUUGGAAAAUACAUACAGCUGCGUUUCCAGAAUAAUACAGUGCAAGGUGCAAAGCUGAGUGAGUACCUGUUAGAGAAGUCACGGGUAGUGCAACAAGAUAUCGGGGAGAGGAAUUUCCAUAUCUUCUACUACAUGUUUGCUGGGCUUUCUUCAGAGGAAAAGGAGAUGUAUGGGCUAUUGGAUCCUUCACUCUACAGGUACAUAAGUGGACGAUUUGGUACAUCGGAUGCAGCUCAGUGCUGGAAGCACAAAUACCAAGAGGUGUGCAAUGCCCUUGACAUGGUGGGCUUUCAAGAACAGGAGCAAGUGGACAUGCAGACUAUCUUGGCUGGUGUGUUGUCUCUGGGCAAUGUGACCUUUGAGCCUGAGGAGACCGAUGGGUCUGUAAAAGUGAGUGAAGUCUCCCAGGGAUGGCUGAAGGCUGCAGCGAGUCAGUUUGGAGUCCAAGAAGAUGAACUGUUAAAUUGCCUUAUUUGUACCAUGUCGGUGACCCGAGGUGAGCAGAUUCAGCGUUUUCACACCCAGCAGCAGGCAGAAGAUGCUCGGGACUCCAUUGCAAAGGUGGCAUAUGGCCGAGUAUUUGGCUGGAUCGUUUGGAAGAUCAAUGAGCUUCUGGCUGAGAACGUGGAUCCUGAGGUGGAACUGAAGGAGAUAGGUAUCUUGGAUAUUUUUGGGUUUGAAAACUUUGCAGUGAAUCAUUUCGAGCAGCUUUGCAUAAACUUGGCCAAUGAGCAGCUGCAGCACUUCUUCAACCAUCACAUUUUCCAGCUGGAGCAGGCUGCCUAUCAGGAAGAAGAGCUGCCUUGGGAGACUAUUACAUUCAACAAUAAUGAACCUAUUCUGAAUCUGCUUCUGGCCAAGCCAGUUGGGCUUCUGUCUCUUCUGGAUGAGCAGAGUGCAUUCCCUCAGGCAACUGAUAAGACGUUUGUGGAUAAACUAAACAGCAGCUUCAAGGCGAGUUUACACUUCCAGCCAGGCCGAGGCCGUGUUUUGUGCUUCAGCAUCAUUCACUAUGCUGGAAAGGUACAAUAUACUGCUAGGGGCUUUCUAGAGAAGAACAGAGACACCUUGCCAGCCAACGUCCAUGGGCUCUUCAUCAACAGUGUCACCCCCUUGCUCAGUGUGCUGUUCAAAGCCACUAUCUCAAGGACGGGGACACUGAUGCCUCAUGUGAAAGCCAAGGUCAUACCAGGAGCAGACAAGUUCAAUAGCACACGAAAACAGUCUGCUGGAGCUCAGUUCCGGCAUUCCCUGAUGAUGCUCAUGGAGAGGUUGUAUUCUGCCAACCCCCACUUUGUGCGCUGUAUAAAGCCCAACAGCCAGAAGGAGCCAGGUGUAGUGGACAGCCAGGUGGUGCUGCAGCAGCUCCAGUACAAUGGACUGCUGGAGACAAUACGUAUCCGAAGAGAUGGUUUCUCCUGGAGACCUUCAUUUGAGGAAUUUGCUGAAAGAUAUGGAAUUCUUCUAGUUAAACCAGAUGUUUCCCUCACAAAAGAAAGCUGCUUGGAGAUACUGCAAAGUACAGAGCUGACAGGCUGGAGAUGUGGGAAGUCACGACUCUUCUUUAAAUAUUGGCACCAGGAACAGCUGGGAAAGUAUGUGGAACGCCUGGAAAGAGCAGCAGUUGUCAUACAGAAAGUUUUCAGGGGAUUCAGAUACAGGAAGAGUUACCUAAAACUGGUGGCUGAGCAGAGAGCUCAGGCACAGAGGCUACAGGAGGAGGCAGAGAGAGAAAGAAGACAGCAGCUGGCGGUGGAAGCAGAGGCUCAGAAAAGAAUCUCCUUUCCAGUCCCCAUGCCACGAAAGAGGCACCCUCGACCUUCUCCCAAUCCUCCUGAUAAUCCACCACAGCCACCAGUGCCACGGCCACGGAGCAAACUAACAGAGUCCACUCCUUUUGAUAACUUCUUGGACCGUUCUGCACCUCGCCCUGUUCUGGGGACAAAGAAACAGGCUGGAGAAGAGGCAAAAAUGAGGAAAUGCAAGAGAGGAGCAAGUCUCCGCUGGUUCAAAGAGACGCAGGCUGAGAAGGUCUUGCAGGAUGAUGGGGCCUUUCCAAGCUGGCUGCAUGGGAUGAUCAGCCGGAGGGAAGCUGAAAACUUGCUGAUGGACGAGCCUUUGGGUUGCUUCCUUGUUCGGAUCAGCCAGAGCCAACCGGGCUAUACCUUAACAUACAGGGGCGAAGGCCGCUGCAGACACUACAUGAUCCAGGUGCAGCCCAAUGCACGCUAUGUCAUCCUGGGGGAAGACCAGGCUCACGCCUCGCUCACUGAACUGGUUCGGUAUCACCAGGCUGUGGGCAUCCAGCCCUUCAUGGAAAAACUGACUGUUCCCUGUGGGCAGAAAAGCAGCGAGAUUUUGGAUUGCAAAGAUCUGGAGUGCCUCACACUGGAUCUGCCAGCAGCCAUGAGGGAGGCCCCUCCGGAGGAGCAGCCCUGCCCCUCCGGGCCUUCCACCAGCAGAUCUGCUCUGCAGUCAAGAGCAGCCGCAGCUCUCAGACACAUGUGGUCCAGGAGGACCAAGAAUUUCCCAGACCAAGAGAGCCUGGACGAGAGUAGGACAAAACCAAGCUCAGACAAGAAGAGAGUCUUCCCUCGCCUCCACUCCUCCAUACGCCUAGCGAUGCAGGAAAUCCAGCAGUUAUCUUCCGCUCCCUUGAACGCUUCUGUACACAGCUGCUGUCAAUCUCUCAGCACUGAUGAUGUAAAUCCUGAGUGACACGGUCAAAGUGGCUCAGCCCUAUCUUCCAGUGCUGCUGGGCCUUGCCUAACUUGGUGAACAUAUCCAGACAUACAACAGCCUUUUUUCUUUUUUCUUUUUUUUUUUUUUUUUUCCCUUUUUGUUUUUGCUGCACCCACUGGCCAUAAGCCUUUCGACAGGACUGCUGCAGAAAUUAACUUACAUCAGCACUCAGCUGGUCUCAGUGGCUGAGACUGCAGUAUCUGGACCAGUCCCAUCCUGGCAGAGGGGAGAGGAUGGGAACAGACACACUCUGCACAGACCCCUCAGUGCCUGACAGUCUGUGUGUCAAUAUGUCAAUGUGCCUGGGGACCCCUCAUUUUGCACUGUUAAUAGUCACAAACUGGAUAUCUCCCAGCAACCUGUUCUGUCACAGAUACCUGUACUGAUUUCCUACCUCUUUUUCAAGUCCUCUGUCUCUGUUUUAGUCCUGUGAUUCCACUACUCUGGGUGCCAAGGGAAGCUGGGCUUGGGAACUAAGGAAUGAACGUGGUGUGUCCUUUUUGUUGAGUGCAGGAGUGCUUGAACAGGAGCUGAGACAAGGGGUAGGAAAAUCUUUAUGCAGAGGGAAUUUCCUGCCCUUGCAUCAGUGUCCUGGCACGCUGCUCCACACUCUUUAGCCAGAACUGGAGUCAGGGAAUCAUUGGUGAAACCCUCUUGUUCAUCCUGGUUGAAAUCACUACAAGUCUGGGUGCGACAACAUCCUACUUUAGACUGAGGGUAGAGGGCUUGCAACAUACAGGACUGUGCUACUUGUUACGUCUUUUCCACCCUUUAAGAUAAAUCUCUUCUAAAUUAAAAACUUUUACAAGGA